AAAAAAUUACUACUUUUCAUUCUAUUCUUUUCCCUCUGGGUAUGGAUAAGGCUUUGUUUGUAUUUGCAUUGUUUGAACCGUACUCAUAGGAAGCUUCCUGUGCCAUUUUUUUGACACUUUCUGCGAUAUGAUUGAGUGCCACUAGAAAAAAAAUGCCACUAAAAACUGAGUCUCCCCUUUACAUUUUUGUGUGGUUUGCAUUGGCUGAUACCAAUGCCUUGGAGGGAUUUUGGAUCUCUUUCCUUCUUCAAGAUUUUCAUGGGCAUCUUUAAGGAUGCAUCAACUAAGAGGCUGGAGAUUACAGCAAAUACUUGCCAAUCUUUUUCAUCUCUUGACCUUGCUUUGAUAGAACACAAGAAUAAAGAGUACAAGAUGAGGGAGGUUCAGCUUGGUUCGCAUACCGUGAUGUCCCAUGGAGUUACAGUUGCUAGGACACACAUGCAUGAUUGGCUUAUACUUUUGGUUCUUGUGGUGAUAGAGGUCAUUCUAUAUGUUAUUCAUCCAUUUUAUCGGUAUGUUGGGAAGGAUAUGAUGACAGAUCUUAAGUACCCCUUCAAAAGUAAUACACUGCCUGUUUGGGCUGUCCCAAUAUUCGCCAUUCUUUUGCCUAUGGUGAUUUUCCUCAUUAUCUAUUUUCGUAGGAGAGACAUCUAUGAUCUUCAUCAUGCCAUACUAGGCCUUGUAUAUUCUGUUCUAGUGACAGCUGUCAUUACUGAUUCAAUAAAAAAUGCUGUUGGUCGGCCUAGACCUGACUUCUUUUGGCGCUGUUUCCCUGAUGGAAAGGAUGUAUAUGAUCAAUUGGGAAAUGUCAUAUGCCAUGGUGAUAGAAAUGUUAUAAAGGAAGGGCAUAAGAGCUUUCCAAGCGGACACACGUCAUGGUCCUUUGCUGGCCUGGGUUUCUUAUCUCUCUACUUAUCUGGAAAAAUAAAAGCAUUUGACCACAGAGGCCAUGUUGCAAAGCUAUGCAUUGUCUUUCUUGCACUAGUAGUUGCUUGUCUUGUUGGCAUUUCUCGAGUGGAUGACUACUGGCAUCAUUGGCAGGAUGUCUUUGCUGGAGGUCUCUUAGUUCUUCCCUCCGCCAUAUCAUCCUCAAGGUGUGCUCCUCAAGACUCCCUCAGUUUUUGGUGUCCAAUAGAUUCUAGUAUGGUUGGGGGCCUUAUGCUUACUUUCAGGCAUUGGAGGAGUCACGCAGAAGUACACAAGCAUCCAGUGCUAUAAAUCUGCUAAAUUCAGAGACAAUGGAGGCAGAACCUGGGAAUGAAGAAGAUGAAAGUAAUGGAUUUAUGGGACUACAUCUGGCUCGUAACUCUAGUUUGCCAAUGGAAGACGUAUAACGUGGAAGUAAUUUUCAUUAGUGAUGUAAAGGCUCGGGAUAUGGAGUUGGCCAAGACUCUUCUUGUUGACUAGGCGGAGGAAGUUCAUCAUCGUGAGUUGUUUGCUAUCACUGUCCAGAAUACCAGUUUGAUGGUAGUUCCAAAACUUUCGGCAGCCAUAAAAAGCAACAAACGUACUGCAGAAUUUCAUUUUAAUCCAACAUUUUGGUUAUUUAUAACAUGUUUGAUAAGCAAUGCAAUAAUCGAAGUUUCCAUCCGAAUUACAUAUGCUAUUUGAUUACUUUUUCCAUGAGCAAUGUGACGAGAGAUUACAUCA